GAUCCCAAAAUGAAUAACGAGGUUUUUCCUUGCGACUAAACAUUUGUAUAUAUGGGACAGAUUGGCGAAUACAACUUGUGAAAGCGUAUUGAAUCCAUUGCUAGCAAACACGUUGUCAAAACAAGGCGGUGUCCUCGAUACCAUUGGAGAACAGCAGUGGAUUCGCUCAAAAGUCGACCCGCAAUCAUGAGUUUCCAGACAUUUGUAACGUUUACUGUUCUUAUUCUGUCUGUUAAUGAAUCCUUCUUCAAACAAACCGCACAGGAACAUGUGUGUUCUCCGUGCCGUUGCUAUAACGUCACUGCAGAUUGUAGCAACCGGAACAUAACAAAAGUACCGGCCUUGCGCAGCAACAUUACACAAAUCAUUCUUUCUCAAAACAACUUGACUACAGUUACAAGGAAGAUAUUUGAGAGGGUUAAAACGCUUAAUAUUACAACGAUAAAGCUUGAUUACUGUAAAGUAACUGCUAUUUCCAAUGACGCAUUUCUGGAUUUUCAACAAUUAAAACACUUAAGCAUGAGUGGAAAUCAGAAACUCCCUUUCAUGAAACUAUCUCACGCGUUGGUAAAUAUAAACCUUAGCCAUUUAAGCCUGGACGAUGCGGGGAUUAGAAACAAACUUGACGUCGUGUUCAUGCCUUUCAAACACGUUAGUAAGCUCAGUCUCCGAGGAAAUAUGAUCGAAAACUUCAAUGCUACGUUAUUUUCCGACGGAUUUCCUUCUCUUAAUAUUCUCGACCUAGCAAACAAUAACUUACAAACGUUUCCGUUCACAGCCAAUUUGAGUCAAAUCGAGAUCUUGAAUUUAACGGAAAACAAAAUAGAGUCGACAAAUCUCCAUUUCUGUGCGGACGGAUCGGUUCUUUCAAACGGGCUACGUGUGUUGGAUCUCUCCUGGAACUUCCUGUCUAACAUUUCAGCUUUCAAGUCAGAAGGGCAUUGUCUUUUGAGUCUGCAGAGCUUAAUUUUAAGUAAUAACUAUCACAUUUUUAAAAUUCCCGAUAACGUCUUCUCCAGGCUUCCCCGAAUCAACAAAAUCCUCCUCAAGUAUGUAAGCAGUAAAAUCGAUAUUGAUCCGCUCGCCUUCAACGUAUCAACAUUAUUGGAACUGCGUCUUACCACUAGUGAACAGCUGAAUUUACAGCCGAAACAUGUCAACAUGUUCAAGUUAUGCCCGAAUUUACAUACACUACAUUUAACAAAUGUUAUUUUCCCAAAAAUACACGACAAUCUUACCGAAAUGUUUUCGAGUUUAGUCAAAAUGGAAGAUUUUAAAAUCAAACGUGGAAUUGUACGUGACAUUUCUUUUCUAUCGACAAUGGAACAUUUGACAAAACUUGAUAUGCUUGGUAAUUAUAUACAAGGGUGGAAGCCCGAAAUUUUCAGUGAUAAACCUUUGACAGAAAUCAUUCUCUCCGCAAACCAAAUCGCCGUGUUUAACCAAAGCUCAUUUCCUCAGCAUAUCUGGGAUAAUUUAAAAUAUUUUUCCGCUUCAAGUAAUCCAUUUGUAUGCACGUGUAACCUGUUAUGGUUUAAGGAUUGGUUAGAUGACAACAGGAACAAGCUUUCUACAAAUUAUCCAGAGUUGUACCAGUGUUUAUACCCUGACGAAUGGAAGACAAAGACUAUUGCCCAAUUUGAACCGGAAAAAUAUGAAUGUCAACCCGCUGUAAGCGCGCUAGUUGUGAUAGGGAUCGGGUUAGGCUGUUUAGCAGGUGUGUUCCUGCUGAUAGCUUUCAUUGUUUACAAAGGACGUUAUCAUAUCAAACACAGAAUGCUACUCGUCCGCUCUCUGCAACCGUACGACCGUCUUCCAGACGGCGAAGAAUUUGUGUAUGACGCAUUCGUCGCUCACCACGUGGAAAAUAGAGUCUGGGUUAUAAACCAUCUUCUGCCCUUCCUCGAGAAACAGAGGAAGCUGCGUCUUUGUAUCCACGAAAGGGAUUUCCUUCCCGGAAAUUUUAUUGCCGACAACAUCGUUAACAAUAUGAAGGUGAGCCGGAAAGUGAUAUUGGUUUUCUCUGAAGACUUUGCGGACAGUGAGUGGUGCCUCUUCGAGGCAACGACCGCCUACAACAGGAUUAUAGCGGAGGGAGCAUCCUCUGUUGUUAUCAUAAUGCUUGAGGACAUUAGACACCGGCCCGUCGAUAAUACUAUUAGGAACCUCCUCCUCGCCAUCACCUAUAUAGAAUGGGGAAAUGAUAGGAAUCGUCAACCAGAAUUCUUUCGGAAACUUCUCGAUGCCCUCCAGUGAUGUACUCGUAUUUCUUACACAACAGUUGGUAUUUCAGCUCAUUUAAACGGACUUGAACAUUUAAGAGUGGGUUAUAAAGUUCAGAAUUUGCAUUUACGAAAUUUACAGAAUAGAAUGUCAGCGUGGAUGCAGACAGUGAUCUUGUUCCAUCCUGCUGCUACUACUGCAAAACUAGAUCUGGCGUGGCCAAAUGCACCAAUCGAUAGCAAUAGAGGGUAAUUUCCUCUGACCCUGACACCAGACUUAGACAAUUUUAUAGAUAGAUGUAGACUACGACACAACAAAUACCUCACAUAUAUCGAUAAAUGGAUUAUGUAUUGAUCGAAAUCCGCUCUUAUUAUCACAGGAUAAUCAGCUGCUAAAUUCCGUCAGUAGAGUCUACGGUUUUAAAUCGUUCAGAACACCCCAGCUGGACGAACGCCAAUAGUGUAGGUCACGGUACUGACUUAUCAACAAGCCGCACUGAUCCGGACCGAAAACCAAAUGUAUCAGACUUUUUUAGAAGAUUUCCGGACCGCCUCUUUGUGUUGAUUAUAUUUGGUUUUGUAACUUUAUCUCAUUUGUACGUAAUUCGGUUUAUUUUUAUUUCAUUAUUUCAUGUACUUUAGGACAGGAAACGUCUAUUUCAUAUUUCGAAAAUAUUAGAACGGGAAUCAAUGUGAUAUCCCCGACUCCUCUCAAGUAAGUACUCAUACAAAUGAUGAUCUUUGCAAGGAGAGCGCUAAAGAACAAACCGUGUGAAAUUGGUUGAAAGUGAACUAUCUUCUGAAGUAACCAGGUACGAAUGUUGACAUAAAAUUCUUUAGAGAGUUCAUGUAUGCAAUAUCAAACUUCAGCGACCUUCAAAUUGUUGACUUCUCCGCCUUCUUCAGAAACCGUAGAAAUGUUUCUGGUUCUAUGUAGUGACCAUCUUUCCAAUUAAUUAACAGAUGGGUGUUACCUUAUUUGAGAUUAAUUAAGCUUUUCUUUUAACAGUAAUGUUGGUUUGUGGGUAUAUCUAUAUACAUAUAAAAAUAACAAAAAACAUUUCUAUCAAUCUGUAGAUAUUUUUCUUGUAAUAUAUUCAAUAUUUGUGAUGUAUAUCUUUUAAUAUCGUUUUUCGUAUCUAUUUUAGGUAAAGUUACAUUUGUUUAUGUUUUAUGUGUCUGUAAAAUAUUUGUUUCGCUCGUUGUGACUUUAACAUCUCUAUAGUAAUCGUUGGGGUAUACCCCUAUUUAUCAAUUAUGAACUUUUGUUGAGGUGAAUAUGUUGUUAUAUGGCAAGAGUCCAAAAGUGAUAUUGACCGAAACAGUCAAUAUCCCUUUUCCAUUUCUGUCAAAACUACACUUUUACCGUAAUUGAUAAAUUGGGAUGCUAUAAUAGAUGCUUAAUAGUGUUUUGUGCAUAGUAGAACUAUGAAAAUUGUACAGAAGGUGUUGCGUUUGACAGAGAGCAUUGUGACUUUUCAAUUAAAGUGACGUCAUAUAGUGAAUAUGGACCUGCUGUUUCCAAAAAUAGUAACUUCGAAUCAAAAUUACAAAACCUUCGACCACCGUGUGAACCUGAUCCAACUAACGAGGAUGUUGGGGGAAAAGGUUGUCGUCAAAUAUAACUUAUUUGUAUCAUGUGAUUACAAAAACAUUCAAUGAAGUAAAUUCAGUAUAUAAAUUUUCUUUAUGGCACACGCGAAUUGAACUCUUUCGCUACGUUGAUUGGCUGGUUUCGUGUGAAUUGUAUUCAUACGCGUGAGAACGACCUGCUUCCUUUUGCUAUCAAUGACUACUUUGUUCUAGACGAUUAUUAAAAUCACUGUUUAAGGGGGAUAUGAAAGAGUCUAAUAUUGAUCUGCUGCUCACAUUACAACACUUCAGAUCACUUUUUUUAU